CUUGAGGGAAUAAGAGAGAGGUGGUGAUGUGUGUGAAGCAGAUCAGACCUUCGCUCGCAGAACCAUCAUCAUGUCCAUCAACACCAACGGAGUCAUGCCUGAGCUGAAGAAAGCAGGAAGAAAAGGAUUGAAAGCUGGAGCUCGGGCAGACGAACCGCCGCCGUAUGAAGCUGAUAUUCCUGAACCCAGGACCAGAGAGGAGCUGAUGAAACACUGGAUUCCUCUGUCUCUGGACGACAGAACGGCUCAGAAGCUGCUCUGGGUCUCGGAGGGCGGGGCUAAAGUGUCCCGGAUGUCCGAGCAGCCGUGUCCCGUACUGGACCGACCCGAACGAUACGAUCACGCUCCUCAGGUGGUGUGUAAGGAGGGUCUGCUGGGUCGCCGUGGUUACUGGGAGGUGGAGUACGAAGGCUGGGUGGUGAUCGGGGUUUUGUACGCCAGCAGCGGGCGUAAAGCCCAAGACGGAGCGUGCGGCCUGGGCGAGAACGAGGCGUCGUGGGGCGUGGGCUGGGGCGGAUCUCAUUACCAAGCCUGGCACGGCGGAGAGAGCGUGGAGACCCCCGGUAACCGCGGCAACACCAUCGGCGUCUACGUGGACCAACCGGCCGGCGUCGUCGCCUUCUACCUGGUGGAGGGAGAGCCGAGAGAGGCGAGACUCCUGCACCGCUACAAAACCUGCUUCAAGGACGAGCUCCUGCCCGGAUUCUGGGUGGGACAGAAAUCCUCGUGCUGGAUCCGCAAGAGAGAUUAGUGCGGAAGAGGACGAGGAAGCGGAUCACGGAUCACGGAUCACGGGUCGAGAAGCAACAAUGAAUAAAAUGCGAUGAUUUAUGACAGUUCGAAAGAGUUUCCCCUCAUUC